AUGUCAUUUUCGUAAUUGUAGUUCAUAGUACACAUCACGCAUAUAUUAUAACAUCACAAAUUUGUUUACAAAAUUAUAAAGAUUAUCUGAUAUCUUAUCUUAAAUGUAACUGACUAAUUAAUGAGACUUUUCAAUAUUAUUUUCGUGUUAUUAUUUUAAUCUUAUUAUGCAUGCGUCAUUUACAAAGGAAGAUGGUAAUUUUCAAAGACAAGGAUCGCUUAGAAGAGUAUUACCACCAGAACCACUACCGGAUCAAUUAGUAUCUAGUAAACAAAAUGAAGAUGUACAGAAAUUGUACAAAAUAUAUCGACAAGAAUACGUCAUUUUGGCCGAAUUCAAAAUGGUACAAAAUGAAAAUAUACCAGGUGUUUAUUGUAUUCCGUCCAAAAAUAGUCCUCUAGUAUGGUUUGGAGUAAUAUUUGUACAUUCCGGAUACUACGAAGAAGGAAUUUUCAGAUUUACGAUUUUUUUAGAUGAAGAAUUUCCAGAUUCCAGUCAUCCUAAAGUUAUUUUUCAUUCAAAACUAUUUCAUCCUGUAAUAGAUAACGAUUCUGGUGAAUUGAAUUUAUUCAAAGCCUUUCCUAAAUGGUCAAAAUCAAACCAGCACAUUUGGCAAGUUGUGAAAUAUAUUCAAUGGAUUUUUUUGGAUAUGGAUAAAAGUGUUGAACAUGCUGUUAAUUUAGAAGCAGCUAACAUGUAUAAAAACGAUAUUAAUAAAUUUAGAGAGAAAGCGAUUGAAUUUGUGCAAGAAAGUAAGAAACGUUUAUAUGACGAACCGCCUAUAGACGAUCAACACUAUAUUACUUUCGAACCUUACGACCCGGAUAUUCACGAUAAGGUAAAAGCAACUAUGUUGAGCCAAGGUGAAGAUUGCGGAUCGAAAAUCGGAUUAUCUUGGGUACUAUCCGGAAGUAAAACGGUUCUUACUAGACCAGCUACACCAAUAGAAACCCAUGGCGAAUUAUGACCAUAACUGAACGUUUCGAAUCAAAAACGUCCUAGAAAUUUAUUCGUCCAAAUUUUUCAUCAACAUUUUGAUACAAAAAAAAUUAUUUAGUAUCAAUCAAGCGAAUUUUAAAAGACAAAAUUUUUUCAUAUAAAAAUAUACAAGGUAGAUAUUUCUAGGUGUGACGUAGUUUAAAAUAUCGCGGGGUUACUACCAAAAAUUGGAGUUUAAAUGAUCAAGAUGCUAAUAAUAAUGAAGAAUCUAUUAGAAAAUUUGUAUUUACUUCACAGUAUCAUAGUUAAAAUAUUUGUUGGUUGUAAAACAUGACCAAUUAUACUCGGUUGUGUUUUUGUAGACUUUUUUUAGUUAAAAUACAUUGUUAAUUAUCAGGAUGAGCACCGAGGGUAAAUAAAAGAUGUGCAUACCAUUUAGGUCUUUUAAAACUUCUUUAGAAAGAAAAAACACCCACAAAGUGAUUGAUAAGCCCAAUAAAAGAGAUCCAAGUAAUAAAAUUCAAUUUAUACUGAAAGUUGAAGCACAUAUUGAAAGCAUUCCAAUUAUGUAGUCCUAAUAUUAUAAAAAAAGUAGCAGGAUGUUAUAAUUAGGCUCUAAUCUAUCUAUUAACAAAUAUACAUGGUAUAAUGCAAGCAAGGAAGGAUACGGGGUGAGAAAGUGAUAUACGAUACUUCUUUUUAAUCAUAUGUUCAGUUAUCUUCUGCGGUUAGACGUGGCGAUAAGUCCGUAUAAGUCACUUCCAUACAGAGACCUGCCUAGAGCAUCUACCGAUGAAGCCAAUAUCUCAAGAAAAAAACUGAAAAACUUCUGUAGUAACUUAUUUAAAAACUUCUAGAGUAACUGAAGAUAGAACGUGCUUUUUUUGAUUUUUCAAAAAUCUUCAUCUGCUGUACCUACCCCAUAUGUAUUCAUUAAAGUAAUGUGCUUGUAAUGGAUCUAGGUGGUAACAGAAAACAGCAUAUACUCUGAUGUAUCCUACUAUCAGUUCAUUGUUGCCUAAGUUGUGCAAUAUUUAAGUGAUAAAACACAUUUUUUGGAUAAAGGUCUCUAUACUGAUGAUUUAUUAAAAGACUGAGCAACAACGUGGGAUAAUUGAUCAAAAAUAAGGAUGAAAAUGACUAUGGUAGAGGCAAAGUAGCCGAUAUUUCACAAAAUAUUCCAUCGUUGCCUAUCCCAUUAGUAAAGAAAAAGGAAAAUAGCCUUCUGAGGUCAAUAUUACUUCGGAGUUUUAUAUCUGGUAGAAAUCCAUCCUAUCUGAUACAAAAAAGGAACCUGUGGUACCAGAACUAUCCAACUGUGAAAGUAAUACGAAUUAGUUCAAUUUUAUAUGUCAAAGUGCAAUCGUGAAAAUUGAAAUAAUUAUUUUUUCUGGGUGUAUUACCACAUUUUUUAAAGAAAAAUGCAUACCGAGAAGAAAUACUGUCUGAUUUUAUAGGUUUAAUGCCAAUUUGUGCAAAAAUUCAUCUUUAUCUAUAUCAGUUUUGGUGGUAAACCGAGAAAAUAUUUUAAAUGUGUGCAAUAUUGUCAAUUAUCAAAUAUGCUUAGAAAAAUGUAGAAAAAGUGCCUUUUUUGCAAAUUCUGUAAAUAUAAAUCGUGAAAUGAAUGAAAAAGUUAUAAGAAUUUUAAACACGUUGCUGUUAAAUAACCAUCAAAUAAAAAUAUGAGGAACAACAAAAUGAAA